GAUGGACUUAGAGGGAUUACAUGGAUUCGGGAUGGGUCUGUGACACAAAUUCCCAAGAAAGACAGAAAAAGGAGGAGUGUGGCGGGGGACUCACACUCGUCCUGGAGCAUGAGAGAGAGUGGGAAAGGAGGAUAAAGAGAGAGAGAGGAGCAUCCGGCUGGAGAGGUAAGGGUCACAACUGCUCAUUCUGACAAAGGGGUAUUAGAGAGAGGAGUAGUGCAGAGUACUUGGGUUAAACCAGGGAUGACAAAAAUACCAAACAAUGUGUGCAAAGUUAUUGCUUGGUCAACAUGAAUGUCUCAGCAUAUCGGAGAGGACUGAGGAAAAAUACGAAAGAGGAUAGGAAGGAAAGAUUGUGAUGGAGGAAAAUAAAUGUCAGCAAAAGACAGCAGUAGAAAGAUUGCAUUGUAGUGAUGGAGAAAAAUAGACUUCUGUUUCUUCUGUAGUGAGGCAACGAUGCAGUUUCGAUUUGGUGCCAAAUUUCAGGCUAAGAAUUAGUAGUUCCUAGAACUGAAUAAGCUGUUAAGAGUUUGGCAUGGAGAAAAGAAUGAUGUACUUCCUCAUGUGCUCUGUAUGGUUGUUUAUAUAUCUUGUACUGUCCAGUCCUUCCUUUAAAAAAUACAAAAAUUGCAACUGAAAUGACAAAGAGAAUGUUGCUGUUGGUAACUGAGGAUUAUAGGGAAAAUCACAUUUUAUUGGUCGCAUACACAUUUUUAGAAGAUGUUAUUGUGCCUGUAGCGAAAUGCAGGUAUAGUGAAAUGGCACUGGGUUUUUAACAUACAGUAGGUCAUUUUGUGUUUAGCAUUUUUAUUGUUGAUUCAUUGCCCAUUUGUUAUGCCAAUGGAUUUCAGUUUAUUGACUGCUACAGAAUGUGUUGGGUAUUAAACUUGAAUAUAAUGGCCUAUGUAAACAAUACCUGCAAAUCUGAAACAUUUUUCACCGGACAUAGCCGCGGGAAGUAGUUUGGGGGUGCAGGUUUUUGCCCACGUUACUGGCGGCUAUAUCAGUCCGCUAAUACAGAACUAGUAAAACUAGUACUAUAUUAUUAAACUUUUUUUUUAUUAUGAUUUUUCAGGGAGUCCUGCAGUACACUCAGCACCCAUACUUCCCACUGAGACUGACUUGAAGAUUCUAGUCAUAUUACAGUGAUCGGCAGUCAUACUAACUGGUUAAUCUGUCCUGUGUUAACAUUUCAGGGAUCACGAACAGUGUGAGAGAGGGAGACCAGGAGAGAGAGCCAGAGUGGGUUUCACACUCUAACACACCUAACACAAACAGAUUAGAGCAGAUUAACAUGGAUUACCAGAAAAAAUGAUUCAGGCCAGAACCUCUUAAUCAGGAAGUAUAAAGUUAAUAACGGGGUGAAAACACACUGUGAGCUCUUGGACCUGUACGACCCUUUAACCCUGAGUAUUACUAUGAGUAAGAUAUACUCUAUCUGCCCUAAGAUGUGAUCAUACGGAAAACACUUGUACGCCAAAGCAAGAUGUAUUCCAAUAAUAUCUCUCCAUUUGAUGACACGUUUUACGGCUGGAUCUGAUAGUAUUUGUAUCAAGUCUGUAUGAUCAAAACUCACUGUAGGACUAGAGUGAAAAGUUAUGUGACAAGAGAUCUAGAUAGCAUAUCCGAUAGCUCUCUAAGGUUUAUGAAGAAAGGCGGCUAGGGGCUAGUGAUCUAUUGACUCCCAUUACUAUUGAAUGGUUAGUGUGAAGAGCCCUAGGGAUUUAUAACAGCAUAAACUUUCAGUCCUGGUCGGACAGACAUGUCCUCCUCCCAUCCCUUUCUUUUCUCCUGGUGUGACCCCUCUCCUUUGUUCAUUUGUCCAUUCUGUCCAUCUCUUAUUUUCCAUCCCUCUUUUAACUUGACAGAAUCUUAUCCGACUUUCUCUCUUUCCCCUUCUCUCUCUAUUCUUGCUUUCCCCUUGUCCCCAUUUUCUAAUCUUUUCUCUACAUUGUUUUUAUCUUCUCUUGUUUUUUACUCUGUUCUUUCUUUUUGAAACUCUCUUUCACUGAUUUCGAUCUAUCACCAGAACUGUCAUCAUCUUCUUCAUCAUCCUCUACAUCACCAACAACAACCUCAUCCUCACAUACUGCUGUUGAUACUUAUAUCCCAUCUUCCUCCGUUUGUCCAUCUGUCUUUCAUCAUCCUCUUCUUCUCCUUCCCCUGCCCUGAGUCUCUACACACUUCCUCUUCUCCCACCCUAUCCCUCCUUCUUGACCUUCUCUUACCCUCUCCCCUCCUCCCUGUGUGGCCAUGUUGGAGAACAUGUCUCGUCGGUCCCGCUCCCUGCUGUCCCUGACCCUGACCACUCUGGCUCUGGCCCUGUCCAUCCUGGCUCUCUGCACCUCCUACUGGUGUGAAGGGACUCACAAGGUGGUCAAGCCUCUCUGCCUGUCUCCGGUCAAGAUGAGGAACUGUGGUCAGAACAACAGUGAACCCUACACCACAGAGAGCCCAACUCAGAACCCAUACAACAGAACCCUGUCCCCCCAGAGGAGAGAUGAACUGGCUAAGAUCCGCCAGAGACAGCUGGACAAUGCUGUCCACUACAUCUGGGAGACAGGAGAGGACAAGUACACCUUCAGAUACUUCCACACUGGCUUCUGGGAGAGCUGUGAGAAACACGUUGAUGGUGAGAAGUGUCGCAGCUUUAUUGAGCUGACUCCUGGUGAAACACAAGGUCUGAUGGGGAUGGUGGCCCACAUGAUGUACACCACAGUGUUCCAGAUGACUGUCAUCGUUGGCCCUAAAGACUGGAGGCCUCAGACCUGGGACUACGGCUGGUCAUUCGCCCUGGCAUGGAUCUCCUUCAGCUGUUGUAUGGGAGCUGCAGUCUUCACCCUCAACUCUUACACCAAGACCAUCAUCGAGCUGCGACACAAACAGAGGCUCCGAUUGGAGGAGGCCCGCGCCGCCAGCCACGCCCCUCCCUACGAUGAGGUGGUCACCGAGGGCGGGCUCUACUCUGUCAGCGGCCUAUUGCAGUGCCCAGACGGGAUGAUUGACGUGGCGUGGGCGCCUGACGGGACCGUGAUGGGGGUGGGGAACGGGGAUGUACCAACUCUGGUGUUGGUAGGAGGGUGUGGGCCAGAGGGCUGUGAGGACUGUGAGAGAGAGAUGGAUGAGAUGGAGGAGGCCAUGGAGAGGGAAAGAGCUGAUUCGCCCUGUUAAUAUGUGAUGGGUGGGGCUAAAGAGAACAGAGGAGGACUAUGGGUAAUGUAGUCACUUUACAGGUACAGUAUAUGCACCUUGAGCUCUCAAGAUGGAAAGAGUGAGACAAAGAAAGAGUGAGACAGAGAAAGAGUGAGACAGAACUUGAUGGACAUGGGACACAGGAACUGUGUUGGCUGUAAGAGCUACAGUAUCCCCUCUCUGACAUUUAACAGAGAUCACCUUGACAUACAUGGUUCGGGCUAACACUCCUCACAUUGUCAUUCAUUAAUACAAUAGUGCCUAAUGGUAAGGGAUUGUUAUACAGUAUUGUUAUACAGUAUACAGUAUGUAUGUAAAUGUAUCCAUGUUAGAAAUAGUUUUACCAUAAGUAUCCGAUACUUUCUGAACUUUGUAAAACAUGCUUUUCACUUCGUCUGAAUGUGUCGCAUUCUGAAUCUGUAAAAUAAACAAUAAUCUCUGUGUCAA